AUGCGUCUGUGGUCCAAUUUUUCAUCUCUAAAUAAUAUAAAUAAUCAAGCACAUCUUGAAAUUAAUACAAAUAAAAGACUAACACCAUAUUUUAGUUUCAAUGCUAGCUCCCUCAGACAGCGUAAAGUGCAUGGUUCACAAAUCAUUGAGGAUGAAUUGUCUUUUGAAGAGUUGCGCUGCAUGCAUUACAAAGCAAAAAUAUUGCAAGCUCAGUGUGAUAGUAAUCAAGUAAAAGAAUCUCAUCAUAUUUUAAUGCCAGCUUCAAAUCUCGUAAACAUUAGUGUGGAUACAUAUGAUAUAAGUCAUGAUAGUCAUAAUAAGGAGAAUGAACAGACACAAGUAAAAAAUUUACAAAGUACUUUAAGUAAUCCCAGAUUAGAGAUGAAGGGGCAGAAAAUAAUGGUACGGAUGAUUAAAGCUACUGAUAAUCACAUUGAUACGAUUUGUGAAGGAUUGGAUUUUGACUUAGUAGAUGCAAGUAAAAAUAUGAAGAAGGAACUACAAAGUUCACUAUCAAACCUUCUUUCAGUAAUUACAAAUGAGCAAGAGAAUAAUAGUGAAGAAGUUGAUUUCAAGAACAUGUCAUACAUUAGUUGCAUUAUUCCACUACCUAUUAGUAGAUCUAGUGCACUUUUAACAGAAAAUAGUAGUUUUGAAUUAACUCAAAAAGCUUUGUUAUGCACUGGUUAUACUCAAACUUUAAAUCCAUAUUUAAGUUACUCGCGUUUAUUUCGAGAAUCAAUUAUGUAUACUUAUUUGAUGGAUAGAUAUAAUAAAUAUUCAAAGCGAGGAUUAUAUUCUAACUCAUUUUCACUUUAUCAGUCAACAAUAUCUACCUUCCCAAGUAACUUUGAAGCUCCUAAAUUGUGUAUAAGUGCCUACAAGGACGGUUACUCAUUCAAUUUAUCACUUGAUGAUACAUAUAUUCGCAAAUGUAAAUUAAUAAAAUUAAUUGGAAGGGGUGCUAAUGCAAUUGUUUUUCUUUCAGAAAUUUCUACACUAGAAAAUAAUAUAGAGGUUCAUUCUUGUAAAUUGGCAAUUAAAAUUCAGCAUUUAGAUCUUGGACUUUGCAUACGUGAAUUGUAUUGUGGAAUGAUACUCAAUAAACGUCAGAAAAAAUCCUUAAAACUUUUGAACAGUAAAUAUAGAGAUAUUUUUAGGAGAAAAGUAUCUGUUUCAAUUGAUGACUCAGUAGUGAAUUCCCCUUUUAAAUUUGGUACAGCCAGAAGCUCUAUAAGUACUUGCUAUCAACCUGAAAGUAAUUUUACAUCAAAUAGAAAUUCAAUAGAAUCAAAUGAGCAAUCUAACCCAAAUAAUCAAGUUAAUACCUUGGAUUCAUACUCCAAAAUUACCAAUUUAAAAGUAGCCCAUAGACCAAGUACUCAGAUUUUGGGUGAUUUUAGUCGUCUUUCAAUUGGAUCAACUUAUUCCACAGGAAGAACAUCCCUGUACUUAUCAGAAAAUAUGAUUACCAAACCUAUACAAUUAAGCUAUGGAGUUACAGUCUUUUGUACAACGGAGCUGCAUGUUAUUGCAUCGAAUAGCUCUGGUUUAAUUCAAAACAUAUUUACACGUAAUAUGGUAAGGAAUAAUAAAAAUAACAAAUUUGUAUCUGAAAAUAAAGAUGAAGUUACAAAAGCAUCUAAAUCAAUUGGAAUAUCACUUCUUCCAACAGCCGAAGGAGCUAUAAGUAUUCAACAAAUCAUUAAUGAGCACUACAUAAAACACUGCAAAAAUAUGGAUGAACCUCUCGUACUAUUUUUAAUAUAUCAGAUGAUUGAAGCUUUGAUAGGAUUACAUGACAUGAAUUUAAUUCAUGGAGAUAUUAAACCAGAUAAUAUUCUUCUUUAUCCAGAAACAACUGCUGUUCAACACAAUUCAGACUUGGAUCACAUUUAUGACUUAAAUACAUUACAUAAAGAUCAAUUUAUAUUAAGUGAACAAAAUCCCAUCCAUCCACUACUUCCAGAAGGUGCUACUUUGCCAAUACAUAUGGCAAUUAUUGAUAUGGGCAGGAGUUUGGAUAUUGGUGAAAUUUAUAAUGGCACUUUGUUUUUGGGGAAUUGUCAUGCUAAAGGAUUUACUCCCCCUAGUAUGCUUGAGAAACAGUCAUGGUUAUAUCAUAUUGACAUAUUUGGAUUAGCUUGUUUAGCACACUGUCUGAUAACUGGUAGAUAUAUGGAAUUAACUAAGUUGCCAAGCCGAGAUUGGACAAUUUAUGACCGGAAUUAUAGUUUAGGUGAAAAUAUAAAUCACUUUCAAAUUUAUUAUUAUAGAGUAAAGAAUGCAAGUCAAUGCAUCAAAAGAAAUUGGAAUACUCCAUUUUGGACCCAAUUUUUUCAAGAAACAAUAAAUUUCUGUCCACUAUUUAGACAUGAUGAAGAACUAGUGGAAACUAAUAUAAAUACAUCUUUAGAUGAAGUCACAGUGGAACUGCGAAAUAGUUGUAGAUAUCUUCUAAAACAGCUAAAAGAAAAGAUUAUUAAGAUCUUUGAUUCUCAAAAUCACUUUAAAAAACAACUCAUGUACCAACUAAUUUCACUAAAUAAUAAGUUAUCAGGAAUAGUAUAG